CAGGUACUGAUGAGGGCAUUACGAGAUUUCAACAUCCCUAAAAUAGUGGUUGACGACAUGCCUGUUUUUAUGGGACUUAUUGGUGACCUAUUCCCAGCAUUAGAUGUACCCAGAAAAAGAGACGUUGAAUUUGAAAAGAACAUAAGGGCAGCAACGCUACAGCUUAAACUGCAAGCUGAAGAAAACUUUAUCCUAAAGGUGAGUACCUUUUGA